AUGCCGCGCGCCGAGGCCGGAAGCACGAAGGCGAUCAGCAACAAAAUGAGGUCCAAGGGCCUGGGUCGCCUUCGGUGGUACUGUCAGGCUUGUGAACGGCAGUUGCCCGACGAGAAUGGCUUCAAACUCCACACCCAAAGUGAGGGCCACGUUCGUCGAAUGCUGUUGAUCGGCGAAGACCCUCGAAAACAUAUCCAGGAGUACAGCCGGGAAUUUCUGAAGAAUUUCGUGGAUUUACUCAAGACUACUCAUGGCGAAAAGCCAGUCCACGUCAACCACUUCUAUCAGGAAGUCAUCAGGGACAAAAAUCACAUUCACAUGAACAGUACUCAGUGGAAAAGCCUUUCGUCAUUUGCUGCGCACCUCGGGAGAGAAGGGAUUUGUCGUGUGGAGGAAACCGAGAAGGGUCUGUUUGUCGCGUGGAUCGAUAACAGCCCCGAGACGUUGCGCAAACGUGAAGCUGUCAUGAAAAAGGAGCGCCAAGACAAGGGCGACGAGGAGCGGGAGCAGCGCUUGAUUCAGGAUCAGAUCAACCGGGCUCAGCGCACAGCUCCCAAGACCGAAGAAGAGGAAGACCCGAAUGCGAAGCUUUUGCAGAGGGAAGAGGGCGAGAAAAUUACCUUGAAUUUUGGCUUGAGCUCGAAGACAAAGCCUGAUACAAAGCCUCCCUCUCCACCAGCGACUACGGAGUCCCCCGAUACGAAAGAUGCGACCCCUGCGGCCGCCACCGAGACGCCGACAACGGACACCGAUGCCCCGGCCUCGUCUACCCAGGCUCCCGCUUUAACGUCUGCUAAAAUCUCGAUGUCCUUCGGAGCACAGAAACCGAAGAACGUCUUUGCCUCGGCGGCGAAAAAGAACCCUUUGGCGGGCAAGAAGGGCUCUGUUUUGGCGCCCCCUAAGAAGAUGACAGAGCAGGAGAGGAUCAUGAAAGCAGAGAUGGAAGCCAUGGAGCGGAAGCGGUCACGUCCAGACUCCGGCUUUCCGAACUCGAAGCGGUCCAAGAUCUCGUGA